AUGGUAAAAGAAAUUAGUGAAUUUCAAACGAAGGACGGUGGCGAAAGGUUGUGUAAGUCACAGGGCACUUGCAAGAUAGGAAACCAUUGCGUUGCUGCCAUAGAGCUUCACGAAGAAGAAAGUGGAAUCUGUAGUGUCAUUUACUACAGAACACAUUUCGGCCACGACCAGAACAUUGCUUUUCUGCAUCUCAGUGGUUCUGAUAGAGAAGCCAUCGCUGGUAAAAUUGCUGAGGGGGUCACUUUCCAGAGAAUUCUGGAUGAUGUGCGGGACUCAGUUCAUUCCAGCGGAGUGGAGAGGCUGCAUCUCCUGACUCGGUAUGACCUUCAUAACAUUAAGAGAGACUUCGCCAUUGGUGAUGAUCAGCAGCAUAACAUUGAUGAAGUCAGUGUUAGUAUGUGGCUGGAGAAAAUGAAAGACUGUGUUCUCCUCUAUAAGAAAGAAGGCGAGGCCAGGGAAGAUUUUGACAGGACUGACUCGGUGAUAGUGUUAAUGACUGACUACCAGAAGCAGUUAGGACAAAAUAUUGUAUGUGUAGACUCCACACAUUGUACAAAUGCUUAG